AUGACUUUUCCACGCCGUGGAUCCCCAGACACACCUGCGUCCCCCCUGGACCUCCUGUACGGCUCCAAGAUCAAUCCGCUGGCGAAUAUGAUAUGCAAUACACUACAGAGGUUCUCGUUUCGGGAAGCAGAGCGACUCGCCCUGGGCUGGAACAAUUACCACAUUGCCAAGUGGCUCGUCUCCCCCAAUCCGGUGACGUACUCCAAGAUCUCGGAGUUCAUGAAGCCGGUCUGGGGCCAGGUCCAGAUGGUGCAUCCCAUGUGCUUGGAUCUGAUUACAUGGCCCAAAGUGCGGAUAUAUCUGAUUCGAUGCUGGCAGCUGUAUAGAGAGCACAAAGAUGAUAUCUUCCGGAUGUUAGCGAGCUGCGUCAGGUUGCGAUGGCCCACGGAGGAGUGCAUUCUCGAACGGAAUGAAGAUAAUGAACUUUGUUUGAAGCAGAGUUUCUACGAAACAUUCAUGGAUGAGAAAUGCUGGGCUCUGACGUCGGAAUUUAUCAAGUGCUACCCGGAAGUGGUUGCAGGGGCAAAUAUGCAAUCUCUCGUUGACGAGAUGUGCUGA